UUUUUAACUGAUAGAAGUCUACAAAAAUAAUAAUCACAGUCCGUGUUUAUCAGUGCUGUGUUAAUGUCGUGUCUUUAAAUGCAGUAAGAUGGUGUUCCGUCUCAUACUGGUUGCCAUAUUGGCUUCGGUGGCAGCGGUGCUGUUGCCGCUGUCGUAUCUGUACCUGAAGAGCACGCCGCCUCUGCCGGAGAUCGUCCUCGACGAGUGGUGGGGCUCCGCGGUGCUGAGGGACAGCGUCACUGAGGACAUCAAGCCUUUCAAAGUGAAGUUUAGUGAACUGCUGGUGAGAGACAUCAAAGCCCGCCUGAGGGACAAACACCCGCUCGCGCCGCCUCUAGAGGGCGUCGCCUUCGAAUACGGCUUCAACAGCAAGCAGCUCGAGACCUGGCUGAAGUACUGGGCUGACGAGUAUCCGUUCAGUGAACGCGAGAAAUUCUUCAACAAAUACCCGCAUUUCAAGACUAACAUACAGGGGUUGGACAUUCACUUCAUUAGAGUAACGCCCAAUGUCCCCUCCGGCGUGGAGGUGGUGCCACUGCUGCUGCUGCACGGCUGGCCGGGGUCGGUGCGCGAGUUCUACGAGGCCAUCCCGCUGCUGACCUCGGUGACGAAGGACCGGGACUUUGCCAUCGAGGUCAUUGUACCCAGCCUGCCUGGAUAUGGGUUUUCCAGCGCAGCCGUCCGCCCCGGCCUGGGCGCGGACAAAAUGGCGGUUGUGUUCCGGAACCUGAUGCAGCGACUGGGCUUCAAGAAGUAUUACGUGCAAGGAGGCGACUGGGGUGCUAUUAUCACCAAAGACAUGGCAACUUUCUUCCCUGAGGAGGUACUGGGCUACCACACCAACAUGCCCGCCACAUUCUCUCCGCUGUACACUUUCUACACUCUGCUGGGCGCCGUCUUCCCGUCGCUGGUGGUGAGCGCCGAGCUGCAGGACAGGAUGUACCCGCUGGCCAAGGUGUACGGGAACCUGCUGGAGGAGACGGGCUACCUGCAUUUACAGGCCACUAAACCUGACACGAUAGGUGUAGCGCUAGCAGAUUCCCCAACAGGCCUUGCAGCGUACAUCCUGGAGAAGUUCUCCACGUGGACCAAAUUGCAGCACCGUCGGCAGGCUGACGGAGGCCUCACCUACCGCUUCACGAAGGAUCAGCUGCUGGACAACGUCAUGGUGUACUUCGCGACUAACUCCAUGACCUCAGCCAUGAGGCUUUACGCCGAAACCUUCAACUCUAGAUAUUUUAACUUGCAACUUGACGAUAUCCCAUCUCCAGUUCCAACGGUGUCACUCCAGGCGAAGCACGAGAUCUCGUACAAGCCGACCUGGGCCAUCAGGAAGAAGUUCCCCAACCUCAUCCGCAACACGGUCCUGAGUGACGGCGGCCACUUCCUUGCCUUUGAGUUGCCGCAGGUCUUCGCCGAUGACGUCAUCAAGGCUAUCGCGCAGUUCAGGGCGUGGCAUAAGAAUAACAGAAUUGAGUUAUAAAUGUAAUUUGUAAUUUUAUUUUUGUAAUUUUAUAAACGAUGAACGUUUGACUAAGUUCUUACAGGUAGGUGACUAACAGUGGAAUUCAUAGCCGUUGUAGGGGUACCCCCAGGGUAUCAUUUAGCCGAUGAGUGUCGAAUUUAACCUCUAUUUGUUUGAGAAUUUGACACUAAAUAAAUAAAUAAAUAAAUAACAAAUUCCCUCAAUCUCUGUCCAGUCGCUCAUUUGUCCAAGUACCACAGGAUUUUAAUCUAAAUCUAAGAUAAAGACCAUUUAAAAUAUUUUGUUAUUCAAUAAAUAUUUAUUUAGAACUGGUAAAAAAGAUGAUAAAUAUUGAAUUAGUUUUAUUGUAUUACGAAUAUGUACCGACUUCUGACAUUAAUUAUCACAAAAUAGGCUUCAAAUUAUUUGCUUGCAUGAUGCGUGGUUUAUUGUUAUUUAAAAUUGUUGAAAUUAAGUUUAUUUAUUAUUAAUAAAUUUUUGU